UGGCCAAUGCGUACAAAGCCCUUUCUGUACCCUCUCUACUGUAUUCAGAUACGUGCCUUUGUGCACCAUUACGACGCGACCCUAAUGGCCUCGUAGCAGCCCUAAAACUCACUAGUGCUUGUACGGGAACAGGGCAGCCCUGUUCACACACACAGCUCGUCUCCAAAUGCGUCCUGGACUGGCGGGUAUAGCGGUGGAGAUGCUGAGCGGUGCUGCGAGCAGGGCCAGGCCGAGGCUCGGCAGCCUCUUGCUGGCCCCCGUCACCAAAACAGUACCGCCGAUGUCAAGCACGGAGAGCCACAGAUUUCGGUCUACGUCCUCGAUGCAGGGAUUUUCAGAGUUGGCAAGAGAGAGGUCGAAGACUGUCACGUCGUUUUACAACCAAUCUGCAAUUGAUGUUUCCGCAGAAAAGGCUUCAGUGCGACUGACCUUAGCAACCCUGCUGUAUUCUGGGAAGUCUCCUGAUGGACACCACAUCUUGAGCAGUGCCAAGUACCUACACAAGGAGCUGCCCGUGCGAAUCGCCCAUCGCAUCAAGGGCUUCCGUAGUUUGCCCUUCAUCAUUGGUUGCAACCCCACCAUUCUGCAAGUGCAUGAACUGUAUAUCAGAGCCUACCACAUGCUCAGCGAUUUUCCCCUGAUCAAAGAUCAGGACGUGGAGGCUCGUUUCUGUAAGCUGGUGCAGCAGCUUCUGGACGACCACAAAGAUGUGGUCACCAUGCUGGCCCAGGGCUUCAGGGAGUGUCGCAGACACAUGCAGGAUGAGACAAUCAUCCGCAGCUUCCUGGAUACAACACUGUGCUCUCGUCUGGGAAUCCGAAUGUUGGCCACACACCAUCUCGCCCUCCACGAAGAUAAUCCUGAUUUUGUUGGGAUCAUAUGCAGACGUCUCUCUCCCAAAAAGAUCAUAGAGAAGUGGGUAGACUUCGCCAGACGUCUGUGUGAGCACCAGUAUGGUAACUCACCCAGGGUGAGGAUCAACGGACACGUAGCAGCUCGUUUCCCCUUCAUCCCUCUGCCUCUGGAUUACAUCCUGCCAGAGCUCCUGAAGAACGCCAUGAGGGCCACCAUGGAAAGCCAUCUGGACACCCCAUAUAAUGUGCCUGAUGUGGUCGUCACCAUUGCCAAUAAUGACAUUGAUUUUGUCAUCAGGAUUUCAGACCGUGGUGGUGGCAUCCCUCACAAUAUAAUAGACAAGGUGAUGGAUUACCACUUCAGCACUGCUGAGGAGAGUGCACAGGACCCCCGCAUGAGCAACCUCUUCAACAACAUUACCAAUAGCGGAAACCAGUCCAGCCCUAUGCAUGGGUUUGGCUUCGGCUUGCCCACGUCUAGGGCGUACGCUGAGUACCUGGGCGGCUCUCUGUCCAUACAGUCUAUGCAGGGCAUUGGCACUGACGUCUACCUGCGUCUGCGCCACAUUGACGGCAAAGGAGAGAGCUUCAGAGUGUAAAGCUCCUCACUGUUCAUCCUUGUAGAUCCCAUUCUAGGAAUCAGGCCAUGCAGGAGUACAGAGGGUUUUUCCACCAGGAAGGCUAGCAUGGACUACAGGACUUUGGUCCACAGUAUGUUGUCAGAAAGCUCCUGAACUCACCAACCCCACUACUUGUUUUUUUGUUGUUGUUUUGCCUUAGACUGAUUUAUAAGCUAUGUUAGCUGUCAAGUUGAUGAUUUCAGUUGUUUUCCUGUGUUUUCUACCCUGUGGCUUGUCGUCUCAAAUUUUUGAGGGUUGUAUGAACUUUUGAAUGUUUAGGUUAAUGGGACAAACUGUGCAUGACAGUGGAUGUUAAUGUUAAUGAGAGAGGAAAGAGAGAAAAAAGAGCUUCAGUUUUAAAGAAGUUCACUUUGAAGUUACUUGUCACAUAGCUGCAGAAUUGGAACAGACAUUUUGGGUAAAUGUUUCAAAUGAAACUUCUGAGACACUCCAGCAACCCUGUCAAAAUCUCCUCAAAAUGCGCAAAGCUGUUCCCGUAAUGAUCAGUACAACCAUAGUUUGAAUUAAUAGAUCCUAUCAGUAUGUUAUCAGUUGUUUGUUUCAAAAUCUAAUGUGUACAAGGGAAGAUGGUGUAGGUUGGCAGUAACACACAAGUUUAACCUCAGUGUCCUCAUAUCAAAAAUGAUAUGCUGGAAACUUCAUCCUUUGACAACCCUAACCAAUAUUCUAUAAAAUCUUCUCUGACUUCAGCUGUAGCUGAUGAAUGCAGAAGAAACUGCCAAAACACCAAAUGCUCAUUAACAGGUUUCUGUCUUGAGAACACACAACAAGAUGAACAUCUUAGUUCAGCAGUAUAAUUGUGGAGCUUUCAGGCAGGGAAGCCAACCGAGAUGUUCAGUUGCCUUACUGUGUGACUCUUCAACUGCAUGCUGAAUUUGACUUUUCUUGUUUUCUUUUUGUUGCCUUCAUCGGUUCACACAGAUACACACCAUGUCAGUCAGUUUCCUUAGUUUGAUGUCAGAUGUUUUUGCACAAUGAAUCGAUUUCCUGUUGUAAUGCUCAGCACUUGCACCGAUCAUAGCAGUUUUUGACUUUAUUGUAUCAACUUUCAGAGCAACAAUAUACCAGAGAAGUAUUACCUAACACUGUCUUCUUUUUUCUGUUUCAUCUGACUUUAGAAUUUGUGUAGAAAAUGUCAGUUGUAUACUUCAACUUUGCUGUCUUUUUGAAAUAAGUUUUUUAUGAGAUCACAUUUCAGGAUGGGUCAGCGACAGGGUUUCUGCACUGUUAUAUAUGUGAGUUCAGAUCGGGUAAGGUUGCUAAUCAUUUUUAGGUCCAUUAGCUCCAGAUCACAACUUGAUUAUGUCACAAACGGUCAACAAAUGGUCACAUUUAAUGUUUUUUUUUAAUCUAUUUUUAUCUAUCUUUGGCCCUUUAUUCCUUCCUAUUUAAAAUGCCCAGUUAGUGCCCAGAAGUUGUCAUUACUAAAGUUCUCAGCAUGCUUCUAAUCAACUAGGUUAAAAGCAAUUCACUGUACUGAUGGGGAUAAUGGCACACCCUUUUGUCGAGAUUGUCGAGUUGUCUGUUUGGUUUUAUUACAAAAAUUAGAUAGAGGUAGAUACAGCCCCUGAGAUUUUGCUAUUGAAAAGGGGGUUUCGGGCACUGUUAGACAAUCAAACAAGCACUUUGUUUGAAGCAUGUUGACUUAGCGACUUAACAACAUGAAUGCGAUCCCUCACCAGCUUCCCAACCACAAACGCGACCAUUUUGUUCAUGAAAGGCGUGAGUUCGGCUGACUUACUACUACUUACUACUUAGUUUUUCAGCCAGUCCUUUCAGAAUAGCAGUUAAAUUAGAAUAAAAUCUCAAAAUAUUAAAUUAUUAAACAUUUUUUCUUGUGAUCUCACCUGAAAUGUCUCAUGGUUUCCAUACUUGAUGGUCUAUCCAAGUCGGAUUCAUCAGUCAUUCCUCUCAACCUGAAGAUAAACACCUGAGCAUGAACAUUCAGUAAAUUCAAGUUGUGAUCUCACCAAAAAAAUAGUAGCAACCCUGCCCACUCUGAGUUUCCAGUUCAAAUUAUAUGAAUCAAAUAACACAGUACAGACAAAAAGAAGCUGAAGCCAAGUCAUUAGGUUUAGAAUUUUUCCCUUAUACAGUAGUCACCUCAAACACUCCUCGUAUUUUGUUGAACAUUCCCCAGCUGGCAGCAGUGUUCUGGCAAAAGAUUAACCAGAAUGCUAUAUUUACACUUUUAUCUCUUUUGGGAGCAUGUGCUAUCAUAUUAGUUUAUCUUUUUAUCUGUGGGGGGCAUUGGGAAUCUUGUGCUCUUAUUAACAGGAUGAAAUACCUGUGAACUUUGUAAACCAACAGAUGUUGUGUUCAGAGCAGUUCUUUUUUAUUUUUACAGAUUUCCAUUUUUGGCGCUGAGAGAGACUCAACCUGCUCAUUAUAUCAUUGGUCUGAAGAAGUUGUACAUUUUAUUCUAAAGCUGUAUUUUAAAAGCUUUAGAAUCCCAUACAUUGUAUAGCCUACCUAGUGUGAAAACUGGGUUUUUUUUCUUUUACAAAACCUAUGAAUAUUAUAAGAUUCUGAAAUAUUUUACAUCUUACAAAUUAAGUAACAGGUUCUCUUGGACUUGUACUUAAAAUGUCUCCUAUGCUUUAUUUUCUUUUCUGCUGAGUUUACAUACAAAUGAGAUUGUAGCUUGGGAGACACUGAAAACACAGGUGAACAAGUUAUUUUGGUUGUAAAAUAUCAAAACAUAACCUGAUUUAAUUUGUGAAAGGCACAUAUUUAUUUUCACAUUUUAUGAAACAAAAAUAGCCCCAUAUAAUUCCAGAAUGAUGGAGAAUGGCCUGAAUUAUCUGUACCUAUAUUCAUGCUGAGGCCGUGUAUAUGAAUUAAUGUGUUUUAUUGUGGCUUUGAAGGUCUUGAAGAUAUAGUAUAUGUGUAGUUUAUGCAUGUAAACUGUGGGGGGGUAACACCACGUUGCUGCCAGAUGCUGGUAAAUAUGGUUUAAGGUUUGUGUCGUUAUUGGCAUCAUGCUGAGAUUUUCUUCUAGGUGGCUUGUAAAUGUUGGAUUUGGCAGCCAGGCUGUGGCUUGUAUGAAGCAUAAAAUGUGCACUGUUUGCCCUCUGCUGACCUAAAAAGAAAAGUGCAGGCAGAUUGAAAAUUAUAAUAUUUGGGAAAAUAUUAAGAGCAUUAUUUUAGUUUUUGAAGGGGGAAGAGGACAUGCAACAUGUUUUUCUGUUUUCCAGGUUUCUGAUUUGUUAUUUUUGCAGAUGAAAAUGAAAAUCAACAAAAAAAAAAAUUUCAACAUCAACUCCAGUACAAAGCCAAAUGUUGGAGUCAUGUUACUGACAAAAUGUGCUGCCAUGGAGUGUUAUGUCUCCUUGACUAAAAUUAGCUUCUCCCAUGUGUUUUCUGUUAUGUUCAGGACUCUGUAGACAUUAAAUUUAAUUUGGUUGGAACUCUGAA